AUGGCACUUGCUCGAUCUGCCAGUGGACCUGGUGGAUUAAGCAUCAACACGAACUCUGCUAACUCUUUAUUCGGAUCAAGCACGCCGGCACCCGCAGGAGGAAUGUUUGGAAGUACGGCCGCAAGUAGGCCCGGGGGAGGGCUGUUUGGCUCGUCGACGGCGGGAACGACAGCUCCAGCAGCAGGUGGUUUGUUUGGAACUGCUUCAACUGGUACCUCUCAACCCCAGACAGGAGGACUAUUUGGAUCAACAAACACCACUGCAACCUCUCAACCACAGCCUAGCGGAUUGUUUGGAUCUACUACUACGAGUUCACAACCAGCUACUGGGGGGUUGUUUGGUUCUACAGCUGCGGCGCCUCAACCAGCUCAAACGGGAGGAUUAUUCGGAUCAACGGCCCCUACAUCUCAGCCUCAAGCUGGUGGAUUGUUUGGAUCGAGUACGGCGCAACCAGCUCAAACGGGCGGUCUUUUCGGUGGAGUCAAUACCCAAAACAAGCCAGCGACAACCUCAUUUGGCCUCGGUACGCAGACUCAACAACAGACUCAGGCCCAGCAACCCUCCAUGUUUUCCUCACUCGGACAGAAUACGAACCAGAAUCAACAGCAAGCGCAACCCUCUGGUCUCUUCGGCGGUGGCCUCUCGCUUGGGCAAAAUAAUGCACAAAAUCAACAGUCAGUCCCUGGCGUGCGAAUAGACCUUGGCAAUCUCCGAGGCACCACUAGAUUCAACGACCUGCAUGAGGACCUCCAAAAAGAGAUAAGUCGUAUGGACAAUAUUAUCCAAGGUCAAAUCAAGCUCAAGAAUGACUGCGAAGCCAUCAUGCCUUCACAUGACCGUCAGCUUGCGCAAAUUCCAAACGAUGUAGACUUUUGCAACCGAAAGCUAGUUGGAGUGGAAAGUGCCGCGCUCUCAGACGUCAACGCCAUUUCCCACGUACGAGAAUUCGUCAAAAGGGAUAUUGAGCACGCAAAAAUGAGCUUCAGAGCCAUUGAUAACCUCAAAUUACCACCUCAGUACCAUAAUACGGGCAUGUGGGCGACGAAGGCUCAAGAAAAUCGAUCAUCAGCUAACGGCGAAGACGAAGGAGAAGACCUCGUUGGGUUCUUUUCAACGACAGCCGAUGAACUCGCUGCUACUCUCACCAAGUAUCAAAACAACAUCACGGAAAUUGAGCAGCAUUUGCUGAGUGUUGAGGCUACCAGCGCGCAACAAAUCAGCGCAUUUGUUGCUAAGAGAAGUGGAAGUUCCGGCAGCCGAGACGAUCCAGUUGCAGAAUUGGCUGCAGCAUUACGGGAGUUCGAACAAAGUAUUCUGGGCGUUGCAGGCCAGGUUGGCAGUGCGAGGGAAGGAGUCCAGACUCUUCAAUUGGGAGGAUUCAACGCAAGCACGAAUGGAAAAAACUUUAACGGGAAGAGAAGUGGUGUGUAUUAA